UGUGAAGUGUUUUUGUUUAUAAAACAAAAGAAGAUCUUUACCUGGAAUCUUGUUGAUUGAUGCCGGCUGCUACGCGGACGGCAGCAUGGCGGCAGGCCGACAGUUGCGGCUGCUGCUGUGGAAGGACUACCUGAUACGGAAGAGAAAGCCGAUCACGUUGCUUGGCGUGCUAUGGGCUGCGCUGGUCGUACUUAGUCUAUACAUAGUUAGGAAAAAUGUAGAAAAUACGGAUUACCCUACCUGUCAAUUUGCAGCUCGGGCAUUGCCUAGUGCUGGAGUGCUGAAUUUUCUUCAAUCUUUUGUGUGCAAUGUGAAUAAUGAAUGUUCGUCUAUGGAGCAAUUUGAAGAGAUACCUUCAUUUGAAAAAUCAAAGUUCACGGAACUGCAGAGGCACAUCUCGUCUAUCAUCACCAACGAGACGGUGAUCGACACAGCAGCCAAUGUACCCGAUGCCCUCAAACUUCUCGCUACUUUGUCAGAUAUCGCUGAUAAUGCUUUAUUCUUGAAUAUCACUAAAAAUGGAUUACGCGUUGGUGACAUAUUUAAUAGUCCAAGAAGGGCAAAACGGUAUUUAGCAAAAGAACUUGAGCUGACUGAAGAUAUUGCGAAUAGUAUAAUAAAUGCAGAAAUUGGUUUUGAAGGUAUUAUGCAAGGAAAUUUAGACAGAUGUAACGCAGACUCUAUAAGCAAAACGAUUAAAGUGAAAAAUGUUGAACAUUUAAAGACAUUUGUACAAAAACUGUGUAUACUUCCAAAGAAAACCGUUCAAAAUCUAAUUAUGGGUCUCGUAUCAGAAGCGAACUUAGGAAAAUAUAUUACUAUGAUAGGCGAUAUGUAUUACAAGUUAUCUGGUGAUGUAAUAUUGACAAGACUUGGUGACAUGAUGGUAGCAGUGCUAAGAAUGAUGUCGAUGGACAGUUUCAUGCCCCCUGAGUUGACUGCUAUAAUCCUAGAUAGAGAAGUCGACUUUAGUUAUGUUAACUUAACCAUGGUGAAAAAAGUUGUAAAUUUGUUCCAAUCAACUUUUGGUGACACCGAAUCAUUUAAGACUGUUAAAGAGGUUGUAGAUACAGCAGUUAUCGGCGUAGAGUACUUACAGAAAUUCUUAACAAAACAAGAUGUUGAUAAUGUACAAGAAGUAGCUGAUUUUGCAAUAUCAGGUAUCGGUGGUAAAUUUAAAAUAAGCGAAGGAUUUCAUAAAGUCUCAAAACUGUUUAGUAGAGUGACGGAUUCAUUUACAGAAAUGAGUUCAAAUAGUACAACUGAAGGUAUCUUUAACACAUUCUCUGGGAUUACGAAUUUCAUAAUGAAAUUUUUGCCAAAGGACCAAAAACAUGAAGCACUAUUCUAUUCUACUCUAUUGGCAAAACUGGUCGAAGGCGGCCGAAAAGUUAUCAACAUAAACAUGCAUAUAGAGCAGUUGGCCUAUGAUGUAUCUCAACGUAACCCCGAGGGUAUUAAAGUAUUAAUGGCACUACCACCAAAUGUGAUUACCAACGGAUUAGAAGCCUUGGCAGAUGCGGAAAGAAUACAGAUAAUGACUUCUAAAUUAAAUGAUGUGAGCAAAAUGUUCUGCGAUACAAACCGCAUAAAAAAUUUCUUUUUAAUAUCCAAAGAAGAGGCUUCCAGUCUAAAAUCACAACUUUGUACAGAAGCGUGGAACCGAUACAUUUACGAUUUGGUAUCAAAUUUUGGUGUAUAUGACGUUAAAGAUAAUAUAAACAGCAUGGCAUCGCUAUUUGUGUUAGAAACUUUAGGCAAAGACAUUAGUAACGACCUUUAUAGUAUCGAUAAGGACUUUGAUAUUCUCAGAAAUUUUACGGAAGAUUUAGAAAAAUAUGUAUCGCAAGAACAGGAGGCAAUGGAUUGGACUAAAGUAUUUAAUGUUUCUGAAGAUUCAGAAGUCUCGAAAGCUUUUAGAAAGAAAGCAUAUUUGGGUAAACAUAUACUGAUAACUGUACACGGUGCGUUAGCCAAAGAAGUAGUCAGCCAAAACCCACUUCUAGAGUUCAAAAUAUCACCCUUCUUAAAAAACACACUCAUAAUAGUUGACGCUAUAAAUGCACAACUUGAGGCUGCCCCUCGAGACCUGCAAAAGAAAGCAAAAGAAUUUUACCCCGACAUUAUCAAAAUUAUUUUAACCACAGCGUUAGAUGAAAAGAUGUAUAAAACUCUAUCAACACCGUGUCAAGAUAUAUUUUGUUAUGGACCAGAUACAGCAUCCAUUUAUUUAAAUUUUCCUCAAGAAGAUGACGAUAAAGAUCUUUUUACAACGUUAUGUAAUAUCACUAAUGCUAUAGAGCAAGGAUUAGAAAAAGAAUCGAUCAUUGGUAAAUCGAUAAGAAAGGUACAAGACUCAAAACACAGUAUCUUAGAAGAAAUUAACUGGACAGGCCUAAUAACUGGGCUAAACAACCUUUACGAAAAACUUUAUAAUGACUACACUUAUCUGUUUGAGUAUAAAACCUUUAACAUGAAUGAAAAACAACAGAAAGAAGUUGCUGAAAUGAUGAAGGAAGUUAAAAAGUUCUGGUUGGACAUGAAAAACUUAAACAGAAUGUGGCAUUUAAGCAUCAAAUUUGGUCUUCGCUUUUUGGACAUACUAGACCGCGGUAUCUUUGGCAUAAAUAGUGAGGGAUGGUUUAGAUUAAAAUACAGCAUUUUCAUGGUUAACGGACCACUAACCGUAGUAGAUGAUUUGGUCAAACUAAUUGGUGGUAUUACGAGAAAUGAAACAAUCUCAUCAUCAGUACCUCCGACCACUGCAACUGCUCUGAUAAAUAUGCUUCCUAAUGUACCGUAUUUAAUAAAGGACUCUGUGGACAUUAUAGUUUCUGAUAACACUGAUAUUGUCCCGAUAGUUUCGUUGAUGAACACUAUUCCACCAUGGCCUUGCUCUGGUAGUCUUACUCAGCAUUUUGAGCUUAGUAACGAGUCACAGAUGGCCCUUAAAUCAUUGGAGACCAUUAUGUGUCUUAAUGCAGAUUUUCUUAAUGAAUGGUCCGAUUAUUUAGCUAUGAGAAAUGCUACGGUUUUUAGAGGUCGACCCUGGAAUACUACCGAUUACCCGGACAACAUAAUCCUUAAAUUCUCAGCAACCUUCGAUUCUCUAGUAAGGGACUUGGAUACCAUCAAACAAAUUUUUAAUAGCAUUUUUGAAGAACGCAAUGAUGGACCUGUUACACUUUUAUCAGCUUUACAAUAUUCGGUAGAAGAAUUCGACGGUGUUAAAGGUGAAGAAAUUUUAAAAAAAUUCUUGAGAAAAGUGGAUACAGUACUCAACGCGAUCGACACUUCGUCAAUCAAAGAGAAUGUUGCUUUGAAUAUACUCUGGCAGGAAUACAUCAUCUGUACUUCUGGAUCCAUCGAUGACCAUUGCAGGACUCUCAGUAGGGCUACAUGGAAACAUACCUUGAAGUUUAUUGCUACCACUUUUGGAAAUAUCACUGAAGAUCUUUAUACUUACUUCAAAGAGAGCAACGAACCAAAUUCCACAGUUUUGGAAGCACUAGGCUUUACGAGAGACACCGGGCUGUAUAUGUUAUAUGACAAAAUGCCAGACUUCAUAGCUGUUCUGGUUAACUCUUAUUGGGAUCUGGGAUUCAUGAAUAAGAUCCGGCGAGCAUCGCAAGCCCAUUUCUGGGACUGUGACGAGGUAUUUCAGGCUUUAAAUCCUGGCCCUGAUAGUCCGAUCGAUGCGACCGUACUCGCACAUGUACAGACAUUCGUUUGCCCCUCCUUUUUGCACUGGAUUUCUAUGCCAAGGGGAGAUAACAAGCUGAUUGACGUUUUUACUAAGCCGCAAUAUUUCUUCUUUACCUUGGAAGUGUCUAAUUUAACGAGUACCUACGAAAAGUUUUAUUCUACAGGAAAUGAGCUAGCUACUCUAUUACACUCUUUAUCUAAUAAAAGUACAGAAAACGACACGAAACUGAAUACAAUGAAAGAAAAGCUAGAACGUGCAGUCGACGUUAUCUUAUCAUACGAAAUUAAAGAUACACAACCCUCAUAUAAAGUUUUUAAUGAUAUUAAUAAGAAAACUGUCGUUGUUUCCGUUUAUUUAACUAGAGUUGUAGCAAUAAUCAAUAAACUAGCAACAGCUCUUGAUAAUUUGAAAAUGGCUGAUUUUGUUAAUAAUGCUUCAGAAGAUGAAAUGAAAAGUUUGGAUAUAGAACUGGGCACAAUACAGAAAUUAUUUAAAAAAAGACCUUCAGAAGUUAUUGCAUUACAUUUUGAUGUCAUAACAGAUGUGUUAUGGACUAACAAUAAUGAUUUCAAGAUGAGCAAUGCUUUAAACGAUUUUUGUAAUAGGUUAACUAGUAAAGAUAACUCAAAGAAUAUUCUUGUAGAACUAGAUAGAGUUAAAGCUCAGAUAUGUGCUAAGAAAUACGAAAUUAUUUACGGUGCUGUACAAAACGUUAUAGAUGAUGAUUUUAAACCUGCGAGAAAUAGCUUAGUCAAUAUUGUAAACACAAUUGGGGACAAAACGGAGAAUGCUACCGACAUUUUUGACUUUCUGAAUAAAAGAAAACAACUCGUUAAAGUCCUCAUGACUUCUACCAAAUACGCUUACGAUCUAGGAAUCCCAGUUUACCUGAAAUACUUGCAAAGCAAUCUGAAACACUACAAUAUAGUGAUAAGCUUCCUUUCAAAUGGCGAUUGGUGGAAAGAAUUAAGGGAACUAUAUAAUGGGCCCAAUGCUAAUAAUUUCUUUAAUACCAUUGAAAAAGGAUUUGAUAUUGCAGAGGAUAUAAUUACACAUUUGGAUAGAAUACAUCUUGUGAGGCUUCUCCGUGACAUAAACACUAACAGCACGGAGACAUUCUGCCAGCCGAACAUCACUAUAUCUGAUUACGUGCCCGACAGCACCAGUUUGUUGACAACAAUGCAACGACAGAUGUGUGAUACCAACUUUACUGUACUUUACGGAGAACUACCGCCGAUGAUUUUUGCUUCUCAGGGGUACGAUAACGCAUUAAAACUGACCAAAGACGUUGACUACGAUGCUCUAUAUAGUGAUCUUGCUAAAACAGAAUCAGGACUAGGAGUUAUUAAAAAUGGUCCAAAAUCACCACAAUCGCUUUGGGUUACUAAAAAAAGGCUUGAACGUUUUAGAGAAGUGGCAUUGGAUUUAUUGUCACAGGACUCUUUGAUAAAGAUAUCGUUUGGAGUCCUUAGCAAUAUUGUGGAUGCUGGAACUUUGUACCUUAAUAAUAGCCAAUGCGUUCUCUGUUCCCAAUUUACGAGUUGGUUCAAGCAGAUUAACCUUCAAUUGUACAAAAAGCAAGAAUACGACAAUCUUUUGUGCACUAUUGAUCACAUGUCAUUAGAAGAAACAUAUUACACACUCAAGAACGACUUCCACUGGGACAUGGCCAUCAGUGAACUAAUAUCAACCCGUAACUACACAAAGUACGAGCUGAACAAAUCGCUCAACGAGCUAUUGGAGCAAAUCAAGCUUCACCUUUUGGAGGAUGUAAAUGCCAGAACUACCAAGUUAUCAGAAUGUCUCGCAAACAACGUAACUCUAAACGCUGUUGGAAAUGCUACCCUAUUUGCAAAAGUCCUCGCAAGAACAAUAAAGCUCAUCCGAGCAGAACUACCUCACCUGAAAGAGGUUGAUGGAAUUACUGAGUGGCCAUAUUUUAAACAAUUGAAUAGUAAUGUCGCUCACAAUUUGAAUGUUAGAGAUAAUAUUGCUACUUAUCUAAAUAAUCCCAAGAAGUUAGCGCAAAGUCUCAAUAAAAUUGUUGACGAUGGAAGGUUGGUGCAAAACAUUGAAAUGGCUGAUAUUGAUAUACUUUUGAUUACGGAACUCAAGACUAUCGACAAAUACUUACAUAUCAAGGAUUACAGUUGGAAUGAGAUUUGCCAAAGAUACAACUGCAGUGAAAUUAUUUCUAUCAUCACUAAACAUGUAAAUGUGACAAUGGCUGAGGCUAACCUUCCAAACCUACAGGACAAAGAGUUUUGGCGUUUCGGCUUCAUGUCUAACAUUCUCUAUAAAAUAGAAGUCCUAGUUGAGCAUGUAUCGAGAAUCCUUGGAGUGGCUAGCAGGGUAGAUAUUGAUGGUGUGGUGAAAGGCAAGUUGACAUCGUUGAUCGAUGCCGGAAUGGAACUGCUAAUGGAUGAUACAGUAGACAGCAUAUUGUUCAGUAUUCUUGGAGUUUUAGAAGAGAUACAGCCACUGUUGCUUGGUACUCCUUUGGAAUUUGAUCUCAAUGCUGUAGCAGACGGACUAGCAAUAAUGCAUAAGUUCAAAAACUAUCUCAUUGAGGAAGACAUACGAGUGAACGUUUCUGAGGUAUUCUUAAAACCCGAGAGAAUAGAAUCGUCUCUGAGCAGUAUGGGAAUCAACAACACUAACUUUUGGUCCAUUGCAGCACCCAGAAUACAUGCUGGAUACAUACUUAUAAAACCGUUACUCUCUCAAAAGCAAGGUACCUACCACAUAGGUAACUUCGUAUGCCAAGUCGAAAACCUGUCCAAAGUCCUCAUACCCGAAAACGUAGAUGUCGUAACCCUUGAUGACAUCUACGGUGCUGUGGUGGACCAGUUUUGCGGUAUGGACGAUGAUUUGGCUAAGGAAGUCAUAUCUGUGCUCAUAGAAAAUAUUAAUUUCAAUUUAAUAUUGGUCAAAAUAAAAUCAAUACUUCUGUCAAAGCUCUUCACGGCUUCAAACCUAACACAAGAAGCUGGAGACACCGUCCUAUCUGAAUUUGGGCAUAUGGCUUCUCUUUUACCAUCCUUGCAAGACAAGCUUGGCAACGUGUCCGAGAGCUUAGCCAAUGAGCCGCUUUUGAUGAAUUUGAGAAAAAGUUCUUCGUUCGGCGAUAUGUUAACUUCAUCAAGCUUCAUGGCGGACGCUGGCAACAUGGUGUGUGGCAAGCCGUUCCACACUAACUUGAAUCGCCUCUACAAAGCUGUUGUCCAACAGCAGGAUCUGUCUGCAGGACCUGACCAAGCACAAUUAGAUGCCUUACCGACUGAGUUCUGCCGAUCGCUUUACAAGGACAUCAUCGGCAUAGAAGGAGGAAAAAUUGUGUGGAGUUUUGUGAAACCGCUCAUCGUGGGCAAAAUUCUUUACACGCCUCCAAAUGUCGCAGUUCAAAGGAUUAUUGGAAAAGCAAAUUCAACAUUCUCGCCCAUGGUGAAACUAACAAACCUUAUCCACUCUUUCGCCAAUUCAUUUUCAUCUGUGGACAAACUAAGUGAGCAUCGGGAAGGUCUCACCGCACUACAGAAUCUUAUCGCAGCACCACAGUAUAGUGCGAUAAGAAAAACUUUGUUAGGAGACGUUGAAGUGCCGAAUGUCGAUAUAAACGGAGUUUUUGAAGAAUUCGGAGACACUGAGGAAAUUGGCAGAUUGUUAAAGAAGGCGUCGGACCUCCUGUACUGCAUAAAUUUAAACCGCUUCAAAGCGAUGCCUAAUGAACACCAGCUCACGCUAGAAGCUGCCCGAUUGACCUUGAUAAACGAGUUUUCCGCUGGUCUUGUUUUCUUAAAUAUGAGCGAAUCGCAGUCUGAGCUUCCAGCAAACAUUGAAUACAAAAUACGAAUGGACAUAGAAAACGCUCCGACAACUCAGCGACUUCGGAACUAUUUAUGGACUCCCGGCCCAGAAUCCAGUUUCAUAGAAAACAUGAGAUAUUUCCGUGGUUUCGUGGAAAUCCAGGACAUCGUUGAUAAAGCGAUCAUACAAAUUUCAAUGGAAAACUCCAAGAAGGUCAAGAAGAGAGAUAUUGCUGAGAUAAAGAACAAUGAUUGGGCUGUAUACACCCAACAAAUGCCUUAUCCUUGUUAUAAAAAAGAUUUCUUCCAGACUUCGCUGUACGAAUCUCAGUCACUAAUAGUGGCAUUCUACUUUUCACUUUUGUUUACGGUAUCGUCUGCCGUGCGAUUCAUAGUGUCCGACAAAGAAACUGGCAACACAAUGCUCAUGUCAGUGAUGGGUGUAAACCUGAGCUAUCACACGCUCUCCUGGUUCAUAUGCUCUUUCGUUGAAAUGGUGUUGACCGUUGGAGGCAUGACUGCAGUGUUGAGCCUCGGCGGCAUCCUGCCAAAAACCGAUCCCAGCUUGAUUUUUGCUUUGAUGUUUGUUUAUGGAUUCUCCGUGCUUUGUUUUUGCUACAUGAUGUCGAAGCUGUUUCUCUCGGCCAGCUCUGCCGCGGUGUGCACUGGCAUCGCGUACUUGCUGUCGUUCAUGCCGUUUGUGCUCAUCCUGUCAUUGGAGGCCGUGCUCAAGAGCUCCUUGAAGCUAUUUGUCAGUCUUUCUAUGUCCUCGUCGGUAUGCUACGCGUUCCUCUUUAUCACGCGCUUCGAAGCAAUGGGCGUUGGCGCUGGUUGGCCGCAAAUAUGGGAUUCACCUGACAACACCAGCGAUAUGAACAUUGCCAUCGCAGCGGUCAUGGUUAUUGUCGACGGCAUCCUCUACCUGAUCAUAGGAUUGCUGGUGGACAGAUUCUACGGAAUUAAAGCUGAGAGCAAUAUUACGAAUUGCCAAGCGAAUGGUGAGAAGGCGGGCGUCAGUAUUGUGAAUGUUACCAAGAUAUACUGCGAAGGUUCCCGACGAGCGAAACUAGCGUUGGACAAUGUGUCUAUGGAACUACAUAAAGGGCAAAUAACAACACUUUUGGGACAUAACGGAGCUGGAAAGACUACAUUAAUAAACAUCCUGACCGGCAUGCUGAAGGUCACGAAAGGCCAUGUGAUAGUCAGAUCAGACGACCCGGGGGGUGCUCGCUUAGGUGUAUGUCCGCAGAAGAACGUGCUGUUUGAAUACAUGACCGCCAGAGAACAUGUUGCUUUGUAUGCGCAGUUGAAGAGCAACCAGGCGCUGGAAGAAGUGCAAGAUGAGGUUAAGAGCAUGCUUCACGUCCUAUGUCUAGGCGACGUGUGCGACAUGCCGGUUGGGCAACUGUCGGGCGGCACGCGGCGUCGCUUAUGUGUCGCGCUCGCAUUCAUCGCGCGACCAUCGCUGGUGUCGCUCGACGAGCCUACCGCUGGUGUGGAUCCCGCAGCAAGACGAGACAUCUGGUCCAUGAUAAUGAGGCUGCGAGAGAACAGGACGAUCCUGCUCACGACUCAUCACCUUGACGAAGCGGAACUGCUGAGCGAUCAAAUCAUUAUCAUGCACAAAGGACAAAUACACACUACUGGUUCACCAAUAGAAAUCAAACGAACUUUGGGAAGUGGCUACAAAUUGACUGUUAUGUACCCUGACAAGAAGAUACAAAUUCUAGAAGAUGACGCUGAGAACGACGUGGUUAUGAUAGAAGAGAAGACGAAGAAUCUACUAGCAGUUACCAGGAGUGUGGUUAAGAAUGCUAAUCUAGUUGACAUUAAUGGAUUGGAGGUUGAAAUCAACCUGCCUUUCUAUGAUGCCGAUGGAGUUAGUAAUAAUUUCCUGGAAAUGUGCAACGCAUUGGAGACGCGGGAGAGCGAACUCAGAUACCAGAGCUAUAGCCUGGACUGCAGCAGUCUGGAGCAGGUGUUCUUCAACAUCUGCCAACAGGCUGACGUCUCUCACAACGGAUUGGAAUACGAUAUAUCAUCAGUCCCUGAUUCUUCCUCUAAAAGUGCCUCUACGUCGAGUAUCAAAAACGACCACACUCCUCUGGUACCACCAGAUGGUCCUCUGAAAGGUUCCACGUGGCAACAGUUUGUUGCUUUGAUGUAUGCGCGGUACUUGCACUACUUAAGGAACAGAUGGCUGCUAUUUCUUUUGAUAGUGCUACCGUCCGUAUUCAUCACGGUGGCAAUGGGUUUCGCCACCAUCCGUCCUCCCGCGGACGCAGAAGUGGCUCUGAAACUGUAUACCGAUAUGUACGAAGAUUCUACGCAAUUUUUAAUAACGGAGCCAUCGAUAUAUUCUAAAAACAUCGAUCCAACAUUCGCCCAAAACGUGGUGAAUAAUUUGAGACUUGAAAAUUCACGAAAUUGGACUUAUGAAGAUUCGCCGAGAUGCCAGUGCGUGGGUUCGGGUCAGCAGUGCGAGGUGGAGAGCCCCCGGCAGUGGGCCCGCCCCGCCAUGAUGUUGUUGCCUGACGUGCACACCCUCAAUAACUGGCUCAUUGACUCGCAGCAAGCUUACAUUGAGAAAAGAUACGCCGGCUUCACCUCCGCCAUCAAGAACAACGUGACGCAGCUGGUGGCGUGGUACAACAAUAAGGGCCACCAUGCUCUGCCGGCCGCCAUCAACGCCGUCAACUCCGCCGUGCUGAGGGUGGUGUCCGGCGAGCGAGCGGGCAUCACCGUGUACACGCACCCCAUGAAAAUCUCCAAGGAGCAACUCAACAAGGAUACCGUCUACCAGCACAUAGCAGAUGCCGGCAUAUCCGGAAUGCUGCUGAUCGCGUACAGCUUGGUGAGCGCGGGCGCUGCGGUGUACCUCGUCACGUCGCGGCUCAGCCAGGAAAAGCACCUUCAGAUGCUGUGCGGCGUGUCGCCCGCUCUUUACUGGGGCUCAGCUCUGCUAUGGGAUAUGGCUAUAAUAGUAGUGAACAUGGCGAUAACGGCCGUCGUGUUGGAAGCGUUCCACUUCUCCGUGUUCGUGGCGCGAAGCAACCUGGCGGCCAUUUGCAUACUGAUUCUACUUUAUGGGUACGCGUGCGCAGGCGCGGUGCACGUGGCGGAGAAGCUGUUCUCGGAAGCGAGCCUGGCCACCAUGCUUCUGUUCUGCGGCAACGCGUUCGUCGGCCUCGUCGGCAUCACGCUGCUCCUCAUACUCGACAUCAUCUCGGAGUCGGACGCCACAGACAACGCUCGAUGGGUGUUGCACAAGAUACUUCUGCUGAGUCCGCAGUUCACGCUGGGAGACGGCUUACUUGAAAUUGCGAAAAACACUAUACAAGCAGAGGUGCUGAGUCAGUUCGGUAUGGACACGUACCGAGACCCGCUGACCACAAACGUCGUGGGCUUCCACUAUCUAGCUCUUGUACUGGUUGGCACCGUCCUCAUUCUCUUCAACCUCGCAAUAGAAUACGAUUGUUUCGAUUGGAUACUUGCGAGGUUGCGUUCAAAGGAGAAGUUCUCGUCCGAUACUGUAAAUACGGAGGGCGGGGAAGUGGACGAGAUAGUGGCGGAAGCGGCGCGCGUGCGCGGCGGCCUGCAGCCACUGCGCCUGCGCACCAUCGGAAACAUUAAUGCUGGGUUUGUGGACACAGAGUACGUUAUCAAGAAUGGAUCAAUAAAACGACCUGUCAGUGCGUUAGAGGAUACCGCGGCGUGCGUGCGCCUGCGCAAGACUUACGGCGAGCGGUGCGCAGUGCAUGCUCUGACGCUCGGCAUACCGCCAGGACAGUGCACGGCGUUGCUGGGAGAGAAUGGCGCUGGCAAGUCGACGACGUUCUCGAUGUUGACGGGCCAGCUGCGCCCCACCAGCGGGCAGGUCUACCUGCGCACGCGCAGGGUCUCGCCCAGGGGACUCUGCCAGGGACUGAUCAGCUACUGUCCCCAGAGCGACGCGAUCGAUCCCCAUCUGACCGUGAAAGAGACAUUAAAGUUCUACUGCCGCUUGAGGGGAAUCACCAAUCAAGAAGAAGUCAUACGUAAAACAGUGGAGUUAUUUGAGUUGAGCAAGUACCGCUCGGUGCGCAGCGGUUCGCUGAGCGGGGGCAAUAAGCGGAAACUGUGCGCCGCGAUCGCCUUCAUGGGCCGCGCACCUCUGGUCAUGCUCGACGAACCCACCAGCGGCAUGGACCCGAGGUCGCGCGCGUGCGUGUCCGGCGGCGUGCGCGGCGCGUGUGGCGCGGGGCGCGGGGUGCUGCUGUCCACGCACGCGCUGGACGACGCGCGCCGCCUCGCCGCGCGCGUGGCGUUGCUGAAGGCCGGCCGCCUGUGCGCGCUGGCUCCCUUGGACGAGUGCUUGAAACGCUUCGGCGGCGGCUACGUGGUGGCGGCGCGGGUGCGCCGAGGCGCGGCCAGGCCGGUGUGGCGCCACGUCCACCGCCUGACGCCGCGCGCCGAGCUGCGGGUCCUACACCACGCAGCCCUGCACUUCCUCAUACCCACACACGCCACCGUGGAUGGUAAAAACACAGUUACAAAGCUGAGCGAUAUCUUCCGACUGAUGGCAGAUCUGCAAAUAAACUGCGACAUCGAAGACUAUACUGUUAACCAGAGCUCGCUCGACCAGAUGUUCCUCAACUUCACGGAAAGGACUAGCAUCCUGGACCCCACAGACGACCUCCAAAUGACCCCCCGUCUCACGAGACGACCCAGUGAUGAGCUAGAUAGCAUCACCUCACUGUGAUAGCCUCAUCACUGUUAGUGUAAGCGAAUGCAACAGCUCGACAAGUUAUAUAGCCAAAGGAAUGUUCUCAUGAAAACGUAAGAUGUAACCAUAGAAAUCUUAAUAACACUUAAGAGUUUAAGAAUUACAACUGUUUCAAAUGUUUUGUUAAAUUUCGAGUGCUGCGAGUCUCGUUCGCCGCGACAAGGUAACCCGUACUUAACAUUUAUAUUGUAUUAUUGUUAAGAUUUCUAUGGAUGUAACGUAUUUCCAACUAACUUAGAAAAAAUACCUAGGUAUAUAAUACAACAUACAUAAGCCCGUUUUCACAAACAACGACAAAGCAAUGCAAAGCAAGGAAGGCAAAAUAAGUAAAACCUAAAUCAAAGAAGAUUCCUAGGCAUAUAUUUUCCUUUAUUUAUUUAUUAUCACAAGGCUAACCUAAC